AAGCUUAAAUGCAUCCGUUCGUAGUAUUUGAUUUGGCCUCCCCAUCCAUCACCACAUCGAGCUCGAACUUUAUCCUUCCCCAACUUCUGUGCCGCCCAUCGAUGGAAUCCCCCGCCCUCCUCCUCUCCCCUCCCGCCGCGAAUCCGAACCACCCACCGUCUUCUUUCUCCCCCCAUCGCGUGCUUUGGCCGCCUCGCCGUAACCUCCGCCCCCUCGGCUGCAGCCUCUCCACCUCCAGCGGCCGCGCCACGAGGAGGCCGCCGCUCGGCUCCCCGAGGGUCGUCUCCGAGAUGGCGUCUUCUACCGGCGGCGAGAGCUACACGACCCUGUUGGAGUACGUUGGGAAAGGAGGCGCCGAUGUCGGGGACGACCUGGUGGUCCUGUUAUGCCACCUCCAGUACGCCUGCAAGCGGAUCGCCGCCUUGGUAGCGUCGCCCUUCAAUGCCGAGCUCGGCCGCGACGGCGGAGGAGGUGUCCCGUCGUCAUCGUCUUCUUCCAAGAGGGACGCGCCCAAGCCGCUCGACAUCGUUUCGAAUGACAUAAUAUUGGCCUCGCUUAGAAAAUCUGGAAAAGUCGCAGUUAUGGCAUCGGAGGAAGAUGAUGUUCCAGUUUGGAUAACCGAUCACAGCCCGUUCGUCGUCGUUGUCGAUCCUUUAGAUGGUUCUCGCAAUAUCGAUGUGUCCAUCCCAACUGGAACCAUAUUUGGAGUAUACAAUAGACUUGCUGAGUUAGACCAUCUUCCCAUAGAGGAGAAGGCACAGCUCAAUUCUCUGCAGAGUGGAAAACGGCUUGUAGCUGCCGGUUACAUCUUGUACUCAUCCGCCACAAUCUUUUGCAUCAGCUUUGGUUCUGGCACGCAUGCUUUCAUGUUGGAUCACUCAACCGGAGAGUUUGUUCUUACGCAUCCAUCAAUUCAAGUUCCUCGCCGGGGGCAGAUAUACUCUGUGAAUGAUGCACGUUACUUCGACUGGCCUGAUGGGUUAAGGAGAUACAUCGACACAGUUCGACAAGGGAAGGGGCAGUUCCCCAAGAAGUACUCAGCUCGCUAUGUCUGCUCACUGGUUGCUGAUUUCCAUCGCACGCUCAUAUACGGUGGUGUGGUGAUGAACCCAAGAGAUCAUCUUCGCCUGGUUUAUGAAGCCAACCCUCUUAGUUUCCUCAUUGAACAUGCUGGUGGUAGAGGCUCCGAUGGCAAAACCAGGAUCCUAUCGAUUCAGCCAGUUGAGCUGCAUCAAAGGCUUCCACUCUUCCUGGGGAGCGUGGAGGAUAUGCAUGAGCUAGAAAGCUAUGACAGCAUUCAGCAGAAGAUUAAUCCCGGGUAUGAUGUCUGAUGCUGAUAGCUCAUCAAUAUCGCAUUGUGUUUUUGGUAUAUUCACUGAAGGUUUUUUGUAAAUGUUGUACACAUGUGAAUUUGCAGUAUGCAAAUGAGUAUCUCCUCGAUGUUCUACGUUUUGCAGAACCAAACUCUAUUGGCAAUUCCUGCAUUCUUUUA